AUGACGGAGAUGUCCCGAGACGAGUUUGUCCAGGCGCUGGCGCAGGCGCUGGCCGCAAACGAGGCCGAGCAGCGCGUCCCGAAGAGUGCCCAUGAUGUGGCGAUGGAUGCAUACGAUGCGAUGCAGUUCGACUUUCCGAUGACGUCGGCCUCGGACCUCCGCGCACUCGCUGAGCGUAUGCAUGGCCACGACCAGUCGCAAUUUCCAGUGACACGUCCGCUCUUCCUCAACGCGCUCGAGCUUGCCGCGAAGACUGACGCAGCCAUGAGCGCAGCCGCCGCCUGCGUUCUCGUGCAAUGCUUUUGCAUCCCAUUCCAAGUCCCAUCAGGGCUCGACGCCUUCCGCUUCGAGUCGCUUGCUUCUGAGGACGCUAAAUUACUCUACGUGUGUUACCACACGACGUACUCGCCACUCUCGGCGCUGACGCACGACGACUGGAACUACUACCAGGUCACGGAUGCUUGCUGCUCGAUCGCAGCUUCGCUGCUGCACCGGCCUCGCUCAAGCGACGAAUCGUUGUUGCUCCAGAUGGAGUGGCUGCGUUACCUUUACGUCCUCCGCGACCGCAUGCUCCAGCACCCACAAACGUGCCCGGCGAUCUUGCAGCGGCUCGCAUCGCUCUUCUCGACGCCCGAGCACGUGGCCAAGAUGGAAGAAGUGUCAUCUCUCUCGUUUCUUCGGCUGCUUCUCGAGCUCACAUCUUCCAAGGACAUUUCAGCAUCCGUCGUGGCCUCGUCAGCCAUUCUCGCCAUCCUCAAGCCGCUCGUGCCCAUGAUCGAGCGGCAAAUCACUUUCGAUGGCGCCGCGAUGGACGACCGCGCCGACAGUCUCAUUGUGAUUUCGCAGCUCCUCCUCUGGAGCGUGCAGAAGCAACCGAUGGUGUGGGUUCCCGUCCUUUUUGACGCCGGCAUUUUGCGGGCGUGUCUGCGUGUCGUCGCGACCGACCCCGAGGGCAAGGCGACGAAGGCUGCGCUUCGCGUCCUCGUGCUCUGUGGGCUCGUGGACGCCAGCUUCGGCUCGUAUGUGCAUGCCGUACCCAGUAUGGUGAAAUGGAGCGCCGACGACCGCUUUCAAGCACUGUAUCCAGCUGAAUAUGUGCUUUGGACGCUCUCGCAGCUCCUGAGUGGCAGCGCGAACGACCCGACGCGCUUCUUUGAGCUGCUGCCCGGUCUUUUUCCCUCCAUGUGCGACUCGUUCUUGGAUGCUCAGUGUGCGCUCCACGACGCUGUCUUCGUGCUGGAGACACUCGCGACACUCGUGCAGUCGCACACCCAACCUCGGUUCGCGACGUGGCACGCCAAGGACCAAUUGGCACCGGCCCUCGCGCGCCUCAUUCCCGAGAUCAACCAGCGCUUUGCGUACCCCGUACGACACGACAAGGAAGGGGCGACCAGCGACGACGCAGAAGACGACUUGGUUGGCGGGAGCAGCAAUGCGCGCGUUCAGCUCGUAAACCGACUGCGACAGGCCAUCAAGCGCGCCAUGACCGGCAACGCCAUCCGCGCCAGUGCCAAACUUGACUAG